CACCCAUUGGCUGAAACUUACACCAACUUGGUAGUUUUGGAGAAAGUGUUUAUAAAGAGAUUUCUUGAUUCGUCGUCUUUUAUUAUUUAAAGAAUGUAAACAAAGUAAGAAAGAGUAUAAACUAAAAAGAGAGAAAGAUGCGAGCUAACAGGUUGAUGGUGAACAGCGAGGAGCAGCUGGUUUGCUGAGUUCCGUGUGAGAUGACCGGACAGGAGGUGAUGAUGGCGGAUUGUGGCGUAGAUGUCACGGUGGUCUUCUCCGAGUCUCUGUUCGUGUACACGGACCUGCUGAGCGUGGCCUCGGUGUGCGGAGGACUGUGCGGAGUGUUAGCUGCUGCCCUGCUCUAUGUCUUCUGUCUGAAGCCUCUGCUGCUCACCAGACAGGGUCAUAAUGCGAGGAGGCUGCUGGAACCUGAUGACAACAACCACAGUGACUGUGUCAGCAGGAAGGAGGCUCCCCCGGCUACCACCAAAGAAAAAGAGAAGAAGCCACCGCUGCCCGUGAACAGUGAUGUAGCUGCAUUUGCAUCCAGAGCAAAAGUGGUUUACCCCAUCAACCAGAAAUACAGACCUUUAGCAGAUGGAGCAUCCAACCCGUCACUACAUGAGCACACCAAGUUGUCUGCAGUGCCUAACGAGGAGUCGUCCUCCACGGACGGAGAGUCUCUGAGCCAAGAGCAGGACAACGAUGACAGCAGUCAGUUUAUCUCCUCCUCGAUGGUCCCCAAGAGCCUGCAGAACCAGAGCUUCACUCGGGUCUCUCACUACCCUCACACACUGACACAAACAGGUUUUGAAGGCAGGAUCAGUCUUCACUGUUUGGCCCUGCAGGACAUACAACAACUGUGUUGUCACCUUCAGGAGGAAAAAUACCUGAUUUUUCUACAAAUGGUGAAAAAAAUAUUUAUCGGACGGUUUCCGAGAAACAAAAAUGAUGCUGACUUCUGCAAGAAUAUUCUUCAAACACAGGAAAAGGAAAUAAUUGAGCUGAAGAAACAGUCGUCUGCAGUACACUCUGCCAGCGAGAAAAAUGAUGACUCUCCCUGUACACUGGAGGAGAUCGAGAGAGCUCAGAAAGAUCUCCUUGAAAGUGGACUUCAAAUGUCCAAAGGUUUCAGCAAACAGGUGGAGGACUUGUGUCAGACUCUGCUGAUGAAGACCAGCGUUUUCUCCAGGGAUGAAGCCCAGGAUGUCAUUCUGUCUCUCAUUCAAACUCUUCUGUUGGUAGAGAACCACCUGGUGAACACGCAAGAAGCAGAGCUAAGAAGAAUACAUCAGAAGCUGCUGUGGUGGGAGGAGCUGACCGCGCUCCUUCAGUCCCAACCUGCCCUGCUCAUGCGGGAAGCGUCUCUGAGGCAGAGCUUGAUCGCCACGACACUGGAGCAGCUGACGAGCGAUGACAUCUUGACCUUUAACCAAAUGGAAAAGAUACUUUCAGAAGUUCAGACUGCUCUGAUGAAAGGCCUCCAGCAGUGCACUGAGGAGUGCUCGCUGAAGACGAAGGAGCUGGUGAACGACAAGUGCAGCAAGAUGGAGUCCAAACGGAAGAAGCUUCAGAGGAGCCAGAUGAAGGAAAAGACUCGCAUCCUGGAACAGACACAUUCUCACAGUGACCUACAGCAGCUCACCAAGGUUUACCAGGAGCUGCUAGUCAAACACAGGCUGCAGAUUUCUGAUCUGGAUCUGCAGCAGGAGAACAGGGUGGCUGAAGCUCUCUGUGACUUUUGGAGGAAGCUCCGUUCCUCUUGGUCAAAGAAGCUCGGGGAGCCAGUCAAGGAAAUCUUUCUGGCCUCAGUCUCUGCUCAGCCUGAACUCUCUGCUGAGCACUGUGAGACGCUGUGGUUGAACCUGGAGCAGGAGCUGGUUGCACAGCUGCAGCAGGCAGAGUGCACCAUCAAGCUGCAACUGGACGACUCGAGGGCUCAGCUGGAUAAAGAUAGACAGGGGUGGAGUGAGGAGAUGGCUCUGGCUCAGGCCUGCCUCAAACAUCUGAGUGAGCAACAGAUGAAGAUUCUCCAAGCCAUGGUGGCCAGACAGAGCUACACAAUCCACAGUGAAGAGGGGAUGCUGUUAGAGAAGAAACACGAGCACCUGUUGGUGGCGGUGCAGAGGUGCUUUGUGGUCAGGCACUUCACUCUGCACAUCCUGAAGGAGAUGAGGCUGUCCAAGCUGAAGGGGCUCUCUCAGACUGACUUCAGGGCAGCGCUAAUGGAGGAUUCCAGUAAAGGCCUGUUCUGCGUCAGUUCAACUCACAAGAACAGCAGUGCCAGCCUGGCAGAGAGGCAUCUGGGUCCAGAGAGUCAGCUGGUGGGCCACAGCUUCCAGCAGGAGUUCCUUUCUGAACUGGAAACCGGAAUGGAGCUGCUUCAGAGCCAUGCGCAGCUGGUGCUCGGGAAUGCCCUCAGCCAAUCCAUCCAACAGAUGAUGGAGAAGGCGCCCACAGAGUCCCCGGCCUCUCCAACAACAGAUAGUAGUUUGAAGCACCACCUGAUAGAGGCUGUGUCAGAGAGCGUAUACGUCACCAAAGAUUCUCUCACCACAUUGGUCCAGAGCUACUAUUCCCAACUACAGGACGUUACCAAAAAACUACAGCAGGAUACGCAAAACAAAGACCAAGAGGUGAAUAAGCAGCGAGAGAGCAGCAGUCAGCUGAACAGAGCCUUGCAAAGGGAGCUGGUGAACUGGGGCAAAAAGCCCAUGUCCGCUGAGUUUCAACAGAGGGUGGAACAUCACAAAAGGAGGGUGUUGGAACUGAGUGACCAGCAGCAGGAGAUGAUAUAUGAGGAACUGAGGCAGAAGAAAGUGGCCCAAGAUGAAACCAUGGAAAGGAUCAAAAAAGAGCUAGUGGAUGCCGAAGAAAGCUUUAUAAAUGAGGUGGCAGACUUGGCGCGGGUUUCACUCCACAGUCCAGAACCAGAGCCCAGUGGUGACAAGGACAACACUGGGGACCAGAGUGGCACAAUAUUGGACCUGCUCGCCCUGAACCCAGCAUUAGAUCCAGCCUUGAAUCCUUCACUGACUCCAACUAUUGUAGCACCAGUGGCCAAGUCAAAACCAAAGAAGAAAACAGAGCAAAAGUCCCACCUCAGCUGAAAUCAUAACAUGCCAAUGUUCAUACUGUGAAACUAUGAAAAGCUUCCCUUAUUUUUAUACUAAUAAAUGAAUAAAACUUCA